CAUCAGUGCUGACUAGACUUUCUGUUAAAAACCAACGGUCAACGUCGGUCAACUCUAACGGAAAAAUAGUUAGGACACAAGUGUCGUAUUGGAUAUUUUAGGACACAAAUGACACAUUCUUAAUAGUUCGGGUUUCCUAGUGGUAUUAGCCCUAAAAAAAACACAACCUGGUUGACUUUGGGACGAAAACCUCUAUAUAGGGAUGGAGCUUCCAAAGUCAACCCGGUUAUUUUUUUCAUUUUGUAUGAUUUGUAUUGUUUGUCGGUCUCGUUUGUAUUGUUUGUAUAGUUCAUAUUUUUUGUAAAUCUGUUUGUAUGUUUUGUUGUUUUAGUUUGUAUGUUUGUACUGAUUGUAAGUUCGAUUUGUGUACUUCGUAAUUUUUCAUAAUAACCAAACUACCUCUACCACUAAUUAGAAAGUCAUCCCCACUUUUUAACCAUGAGAUUGGUGUGUCCAGAUAUAAGAAUUGUGAGGGGUUAGUCAUGGGAUCCAGACACAUCGAUCGUUACUAGGGAUGGCAACAAAACCCGAACCCACGGGUACCCACCUGACCCAACCCGGUCAACGCGGGUAAAACCCGUGUUGACAGGUUUUAGGGCGGGUUUGGGUUUAAACUCGUUCACUAUUCACCGGGUUGGGUUCGGUUUGGGUUUAGGUAAACCCGCCCCGGCGCCCACACCCAUAUAAUUAAUUUUUCCAGUAUAUUUAAUAUUCUAAACAACUAAUCUUGUUUAUGUUUGUGGAGACAUGUCUAAUUUUUUCUUUCUAAUUGAUAAUGAAGUUGAUAUUAUCGAGUAGAGAGUGAAGAAGUUUAAUUGACAAGGAGGAAAAAGCUUUCAAUUAAUCACGUUGUUUAUGGAUAAUUUGUGAUUUGCUUCAAUUUUCUUGAGUUUUCUAGAUUGGUGUUGAACAAUUUGUAUGGUUAAUUUGUGAUUUGUUUGAAUUUUCUAGAAUGGUGUUUUAUAUAUGGAUAAUUUGUAUUGAGAGAUUGAUAUUUGACUUUUAAUUUGAUAGGAACUUGUUAUUGUAAAUUUUUUACGACAAAAACCAAUUACCCAUGGGUGAAAAAAAUCCGGGAUAAAAUUCACUGGAUUUGAAAAACUCAAACCCAACCCAACCCGAUGGGUAUCCGCGGGUUCAUGGAAUCCAGUGAAUUUUAUCCCGGAUUUUUUUCACGAAUAAACUCAUAAAUUUAAAUUUAGGUUUGGCAAAAUCCGGCUCAACCCGAUCCAUUACCAUCCUAAUCGUUACGUCUGUUGGUUCCAAAAUUAUAGCCCAAAAAUUGGUUUUAGCUAAGGGCAAAACUUUGGGUUGUGGUGACUGGUGAGUCAACGGUCGCUAAAACCAGCCUGCUGCAUGCAAGCAAGCACUAGCGCAGAUCUUCGGAAGUGAAAUUUUGGGUUGGCACGUCGAGAGCCAGAUGAAAUCCGGUGCCGUGGUGCGUCUCUUCUUCAGAACUGCCGGACGGAAUUAGGGUUACCUUACCGCCAUCGAAUUCGUAUUCUCCGUGUUUUUUUCCCCCGCCCUUGUAACUUUCUUUGUGGGUCCUCCUAGUCGGCCGGCGGCGAUCGGCUUCUCAAAAUCACCACAAUUUCACGUUUGCUGCCGCCACCGUCUGUUUCUCAACAGCUAUUUUGUCCCUUCAAUUCCAAGUCUGUCGAUAGGUUUUAGUUUGAUUUCUUGAUCGAAUUUGCGGCGAGGAGGGAGGGUGGAAGGCAGUUUUUAUCGCUGAUUCCACGGUCUGGCUUCAGUUUGAGAUGAAACGGUCGAGGGUUUCAGGCACCGAAGAACACCAUAGACGAGCCGACGAAUACCAACGCGUCAACAAGGUACGCAAGGAAUUGGCCGCCGAGCGGUUCAUCAAGUUAUGCAAGGAAACAUUAUCGUUGGAUCCCGUCGCUCAAGCUGUUUGCCUGGAGAUUUAUGGGCGAAUGGAUAGUUUCAUCUAUUCAUCAUCUAACCUUUCCCUCUACUGUGCCUCUUGGGCUGAGAUUGGGAAUCACAAACCAUCUACCAAUCCUAUCCUGGUAGAUGAAGCAGUAAGACUUUGGUUUGCAUUUGCGUUAUACUGUGCUACGAGGCUUGAAAAGUCUGUUGGGGUGCUCAGUAAGAUGCACUCUUCUGCGAGCAAGGAGGGGCUUACUUUGACCCACAUAUUAAGAUCUUGUGACCUAAAACUUGAGGUUUUCCUCAAAGAGCUACCAAUCAUGGUCCUCAAAGCUGGGCCUACGAUGACUGAUCUGUAUCAUGCUGGCUGGGAGAGAAAGCUCAAGGCAAAGGAAUUGUAUACCAACUUUGUGCACCUGAACAUUUUAAGCCGGCAUUACAAAGAAGCAUAUUGGGAGCUCUUCUCAUCCAUAGACCCAGCUAGCAAUAACCUGCCAGCAACCUCUAGUGGCAGUCAAUGUGCUUCAGACUAUCUUCGUCUUGGGUGGUUGCUAUUUGUGGCACUCCGUUCACAUGCGUUUGGUUGUUCCAUGGACCUGGUGACCUGCAUAAAUGAUUUGAUUUCUGUACUGGCUAUUCUAAUUAUGCAUGUGCCAGCUCACUUCCGAAUUUUCAGUUUCAAGGAUGAUACGUGGUUCGUGGUGAAGGAUACCAAACGGGUUGAUCUGAUUGCAUCGCUUUCCAAAAACUAUGAUACAUCAGAAGAUGACGUGUUGAAUUCAAUGGAGAAGACUGUUACUCUAAUAAGAGAAGUCCUGCAAAAGAAGCCCCGGACUGCUUCAGAAUGUGAUGGGGAGACCCUAGCUGAUUUGAAUAUCGAUGGUCUGAGUUAUUUUGAAGAUUUGAUGGAAGAAUCCUCUCUGCGGAAUAGUUUGAUUAUGCUGGAGAUGGAUUAUGAUCUUGCAAUGUCUAAAUGGAGCCAAUUGGAUGAGAGAGUUUUUCUCGAUGAGGCAGCAAACUGUUCUUUUGCUGAAAUCCAUAUGAUGCCUGCUAAAUGUGUGAAAGCGGUGAUGAAAGCUGCAAACUGGCUCCGGAAUGUGGUAUGUCGACUGUCAAGAGAGCCUUCUGCAAAAUUAAUGCAGUCCUCUGUUGGGUUUCCUAUUGUAAAAAAUGCUCUUGUAAUGUUAGAAGCUUUAUUUCCAAGUAACGCUAUGGGAGAGGAGGGUGUUUGUGGAAGUCUCCAAAGUACAAGCACAGUUGACAAUAUAUGGAUAGAACAACGGAGACAGGAGGUGCUCAAGAUAUAUUAUAAGGUCUUGGACGCAAUGUGUACUGCUUAUGGAACCAAUUUGACCUCAUUGUUAACCAAGGAGAGGUUCCACAGAUGCAUGCUUGUUUGUUCUGCUGAACUAGUAUUAGCAGCACGUAAGCCUGCAACAAUGUUGUUGUUUCCUACAAUCCUGGAGCAAAGUGACAUUACAGCCUUUGAACUUGUCGAGGUUCUCCAGUGUUUUCUUAGGCACGAGGAAUCUAUGCCAUGUGAGUUGAGGAUGCAUUUGGAAUCACUGAAAGAGCGGCUUUUGGAGAGUACCGUUUGGGAAGCAGGUUCACUGAUGUAUGAUUCACUCGAAGUUGCAGAGCCUAUGUAUGUAUCAGAGGUUGCACGUCUCCGUGCCAUAGGGAGACUGCCAUACAUUAACUUCUCCUUGGAUGCAAUUGUAGCACGUAUACAUUUGUCUUCUGUCUUGAAGCACGAAAUGACCCAUGGCCCAUGCACUGACUUGAGGAGUGGAGUAGUGGAGCAAGGAUCCCGUGCAUCAAGAGUAACGGAUCAUGUUCCAUCAGUGAUACCCACAAGUUUGCAUUGUGCAUUUGCUCGACCAAGAGAUCCCUGUCCUGGAAGAGAGUUUGCAAUGUGUGCUGAUAUGGCUAUUGAUGCAUUCUUGAAAGAGAUUAAAAAGUUAGCUUCAGUUAGAAUAUGUGGCAUGGCUGAAGAGUUGGAAAAGGAGCACAGGAAUUUUAAUGUAGAAGUCUGUCGGAAGCUAUUUAACGAAAUACUUUAUCGACGCACUGCGUUGUUUUUCAAUCUGCACAUCGACGCAAUACUCAUUUGCUGUUUCUUUCUUACUUCUAAGAUUACAAGACUAGGUCUGACUAUGAUGGAUCUACUUUUGCGCUACAUGAAGCAACCACAUAGUAAGCCACAAGUGUUCCGUUGUGUGUUCAUUGAUUCCUCAGUGACCAAGGAGCACAGACUGAUGUUCCCUUAUCUGGUAUUGGGGUCCUCCUACAGAGUGCCCCAGCCAAAUCCCGAGCAUGUUGGUAUAUUCUCAUACUACCCUCAGUUUUUCGACUAUUACACCAAACGUGUUGUAUCAGGUGCUAAAGCCGUUUACUGGAGGACACGUGGUGAUGAAGAGCUUCGUCAGAUCCCUCCGCAUAAGUGGCUGGAAAUUGAGGUCAAAGAGGAACACUCUAGACUAGAAUUCAUUUUUGAACAAAUGCAAGAGGAAAAACUUGCGGAAUCUUACAUUGGCGACGUGAGGGAUCAGAUGGAGAGGGCGGGGAUGGAUUGGGAAGAACUGGAUUACCUUAGGACCGGAACCCCGAUGUAUGAACAGCUGGUGAAAGGGUGUUAAGGCAGGCACCUAGCUAGAUUCUUGGUUUUACUGGCUGCAGUAGUGUUGGAGCUUUUGAUUUAGGGGCUUCUUCUCUUUGCUGGGUGCUCGGUCUUGGCGUUUAUUUUUUUGUUGCUGUCGUUGUAAUUGUAAAUGUUAUAACUGAACUUAAAAUCUGUAUGACCUGCUUGUGAUGGAAAUCAUGCCGUGAAAUGAAAUAUACAGCAGUUUUUAUUUAGGCUGGGUUGCAGUUUGUUAAGUGACCUGAGUUUACAUGAGUCCAACUGAAAAGAGAUUUGGUCAAGCGAUCCGGAUCUGUAUUUCGGUUGUUGAUGGCCUGAGUUGGCAAUUUAUAGUAUGAAGUUUACAACAGCAGUUGCUCUGGAGAUGAUCUGAUGUAUCAAGAUGCCUUUCUACAUGGCGACUUGGAGGAAGGCGUGUACACGAGGAUUCCUCAAGGUUCUAGCAAUUUGGGCGAUACCCAUGUGGGCUUCUUGCGUAAGUCUUUAUACGUCUUAAAGCAAGCCCCCGGAAUUGGUAUUAGAAGUUCACUCAAACACUUUAGGAGUUCGGUUUCAAACCAUCUCGAGUUGCUUCUCUAUCGUGAAGGUGGUGUCUUUGUUGCGAUAAUGAUCUAUAUUGAUGACGUGGUAUUGACAUGAAUAGAUUCUUCUCUUAUUGAUCGGGUCAAGCCGUUAAGGAAUCCUUGCACCACCCUUUCUACAUAAAGGAUUUAGGGGCUUUUGAAAUACUACUCCUAAGUCCUACACAUCUAAUGCAUAUAUUUGAUAUAUUUUUAGACAAUUUCACUCGUCUGCAUUCAUGUAUUACCAAAUUAUUUCUUCAAAAGAAAUAUAUUUUAAAAUAUUAACAAUUCUUAUCUUCAAAUUCGAUUUUGACUGGUUAGACCAUCUAGUUUUAAUUGGUUUAACCCGAUUUUGACUAGUUUACCUUUUUCCAUAAAUCGUCCAAACGAAGUGUAUUCCAACCGUAUAGAAUACCGUUUUCUGUUUGCCUCGAUUGAACCGACCAGGAUUUGACAACCUUGAUAUAAAGGGAGCUAGAGGCAGGGAAGGACCCCAAGAAUUUCGAAGUUAUGUACAAAACUACAAAAACUUACGUAUAAACUAAAUAUUGUUUU